CACUCUUUCAGAUUCUUCGAUCGAGCAAAAUGAGCGUACAGGCCAUCGAGAGGGCUUUGCUCACCGGAAAAUGGGAAGGCAUACCGCAGGAUACGUCCUUUGCCGAUGCUGCGGACAUCGCGAAACAGUCGUCGAGGGAAAUUUCCCAGGAGGGCGACGGCCUCGAAGACAAACCCAUAGAUGAGUGGUUCAGCUUCACAAUCUCCGCACAGAACGUCUCCGCAGAACAGGAGAUCAUUCGACUGGCUGUAGCGGUCGCAUGCUUGCACUCAUUUGUGCAGGCGAAUUGGACUGGUCCGGAUUUGGACUUCCAAGUCUCGGAUCCCACCGAAGUUGGUUCUCUGUUACAUAGGAAGGCAGUAACGGAGCUCGCACAUGGAGGAGAACCGGCGUACCAUCUGGCCGACGUACCUCUGUUUCUCAGAGUCGCAAAAUUGCUCCUGGAGCUUCCGUACGAUCACUGCCCAUCUGUUGUGUGGUGGAGAUUACGGGCCUGGCUCGUACAUCAACAGGUUCUUGACGAGCCUACUGCCGUGCCCGCCGACCUUCUGUCGUCUGUGGAACCCCUUUUGCAGUCCUUCGCCUCGCAUCCCGACCUCGCCGGGCGCCUUAUCCUCGAACAAGGUUUGUUGGAACACCAUCUCGGACAUGACAAAUCGGCGGCGGAUUAUUUCAUCCGCGCAGCUCGGGCGACGCAACUGGAGUACGAGCUCACAGGCGCCCUCGGGAAGCGAACAAAAUUCAACAAACCGACAGACGAUGAUACUACCGACACCGAACAGAGUAAGACAACAGCCGCACAGACCACCGGCACUACUGAGCAAGCCGGUGCCGUCGCUUCUCUGACUACUCGCAUACCUGAAACGUUGGCCCUCAAUGAUGACACGUUGCUCGAGCAGACCGAAUUCACAUCAUCCUCGGCCUCGGAACCCGGCUCACGGCUUGCACACCUCAAUCCUUCGUCUCAACCAGCUCUACAUCCCCUCGAUCAAAGUAUCCUACUCGCGCUAUGCCUCAAUGUUAGGAACACUUCGCCCUCGCACGGUCUCACUGCCGAGCAGAUGAAACCGUACGUCAAUCGCGUCAUUUCUCAUCCCAAGAACUGGUCAAGAUCCACACUCCAGCUCCAGGCACUGGUUGACCAAAUGCCCACCGCGGAUUCGACCGUCUCCGAGCGGCUGCUCUACUUCCAUUCCAUCCCUCUACCGAGCAAGUGGGAGAUGGAGAAGGAGCUCGCGCUGCGCUACCUCUCGCUGGGCGUCGUGAAAUCCGCGCUCGAAAUUUUCGAGCGCCUCGAGAUGUGGGAGGAGGUCGUAAAAUGCUGGCAGAGCAUGGAGCGGCGCGAGCGCGGCAUCGCCAUCGUCCGCGAUCUCUUAGAAGGCAGAAAGGCUGAGGCGGACACGGUCAUUGCACGCGAGAAGGUGUCUGCUCAGGGACGGAGGCAGACGUUGGACGCCAUGCGCGAGGCCAAGCUCUGGUGUCUGCUGGGCGAUCUGGAGCCUGAAAACGCGUUGGACCAUUACAACAAGGCUUGGGGCAUCUCCAAGGACACCUCGGGAAGAGCCAUGCGCUCGCUGGGCGGGUAUUACUUCGCUCGCGCAGACUACCCGAAUUCAAUUACCUGUUUGCGUAAGGCGGUGGCAAUAAACCCGCUCCUUGGCCGAUCGUGGUUCAUCCUUGGCUGCUCGUACUCCUUCACUCGCUGCGUUACUCUCGAUGACGAGGAUGGCGAGAGCUGGAAUAAUCUUGCGAGCAUUUACCUCCGCAUGGGCGAGGCGGGUAAAAGAAUUGAAAUGGAGGAUAGCGAAGAGGUAAAAACCGGGGACCUAGUGUACAGCGACGAGACGAGCAAGAGCAUACCGUUCAGCAAUAAGAUGCUGGCCUUCCGCGCGCUGAAGCAGGGGUUGAAAUUCGCCUAUGACAAUUGGCGGAUGUGGUCCAACUACAUGAUCGUGGCGAUGGACGUCGGCGAGCUGUCGGAAGCGUGCCGGGCCCUCGGCCGCAUCGACGGCGCAGAGUCCGUGGACGCGGACGUACUCGACCGCCUGGUCGACGCCGUUACGAGGGCACCAGCGAACCCAGACGACGCCGUGGAGGGCAGCGGCUCCGGUGGCCAGGCAGUGCUGAAUCCAAAUGAGGGUCACGGGCUUCUGAGGCGUGUUAACGACCUCUUCGAACGGACGAUCCUCCCGCGUGUUUCCUCGCCGCGAAUUUUCCGCGCCCGCGCCCGUCUGCUGACUUGGCAGGGCGAGACGGAUGUGCAGAAGUGGCGCGAGGCGGUAGGGGAGGUGGAGGAGAUGGUGGACGUCCUGCGAAACUUCGGCCCCCGGGCUGAGGGCUUCAAGUGGAAGCUGCAGGCGAGGAGCAUCCUGCGGACGUUCAUGGGGCGGACGAAGGACUUCGAAGAUGAGCCGCAGUGGUCUCGGCUCAUCGAAUCGCUGGAAGAAAUCCGAAAGGAGGAGUAG